UCUCGCCGCCCGCUCCUCGCCCUCCUCGCUGGCGCCGCGAGGCCGCGGUUCAACGAUGGACGCCCUCCUCGGGCUGCAGCGCCUCUCGCUGGUCCAGAAGAUCUGCUCCGAGCUCAAGAACCACAUCGGCGUCGACGACAAGACGCUCGCCGAGUUCAUCAUCGAGCUGGCGCAGGAGAACUCGACGCUGCCCGCCUUCAUGCGGGCGCUCGACGAGAACGGCGCCGAGUUCCCGGAGGACUUUGCGUCGACGCUCCUCCACCUCGUGCAGACCAUGGCGCCGCGCAAGCGCCCCGCGCCGUCGGCGCCCGCGGCCAGCGCCGCCGCGUCGUCCUCGUCCGGGCCGACCGAGCGCUUCUCCGGGCUGGCGAUCCCGAACGCGGACCCGGAGCGGCUGCGGAAGCUGGAGGAGGAGGCCCUCGGCGCGCGCGCGGCGGUCGACCCCGCCAUCGGCGGCCGCCCCGCCGAUCGGCGGCCUCCGCCUCCGCCGCCGCCGCCGGGCGGGCGCGGCGGCGGCGGCGCGGGCAGCAGCAGCGGGGGCGGGGGCGGCAGCAGCGGCGCGGCGCUGGCGCGCGACUUUUCGCGCGACGCCGACGCGGCGGCCGAGCCGGGCAAGGUGUACGCCGGCCGCGUCACAAACGUGAUGGACUUUGGCGCGUUUGUGCAGCUGAGCGGCGUGCGCGGCAAGGCCGAGGGCCUCGUGCACGUGUCGCUGAUCCAGUCGCAGCCGCUGCGCUCGCCGCACGACGCGCUGAAGCGCGGGCAGCCCUGCUUCGUCAAGGUCCUCUCCACCACCGGCUCCAAGAUGCCCGCGAAGCGGCUGACCUCGCCGGAGCUGUUCGAGGCCAAGCAGCUGAUCGCGAGCGGCGUGCUCGACGCCACCGAGGAGGAGCUCGAGAUCGAGCUCAACGAGGCGGAGCCCCUCUUCCUCCGCGGCCAGACCAAGGCCUCCGUCGCCAUGUCCCCGAUCAAGAUCGUCCGCAACCCCGACGGCUCGCUGCAGCGCGCCGCGAUGACGCAGUCGGCGCUGGCCAAGGAGCGGCGCGAGCUGCGCGACUCGCUAGAGCGGCGCGAGCUGCGCGACUCGCAGCAGCGAGCGCUGAUGGACGCAAUCCCCAAGGACGCCAACCCCCUAGAAGCGGGGGACGACCUCAACCGGCCGUGGGAGGACCCGAUGCCGGAGCCGGGAGAGCGGCACAUCGCGCAGGAGCUGCGCGGCCUCGGCUACACGCAGGAGGCGGUGCCGGAGUGGAAGGUCAAGUCGAUGGGCAAGGGCUUCUCGAUCGGUUUCCCGACCAAGAACAAGUCGAUCCAGGAGCAGCGCGCCUCGCUGCCGAUCGCGGCGCUGAAGCAGGAGCUGGUGAACGCCGUCGCGGAGAACCAGGUCCUCGUCGUGAUUGGCGAGACGGGCUCCGGCAAGACGACGCAGAUGACGCAGUUCAUGGCCGAGGCGGGCUUCACGUCGCGCGGCAUCAUCGGCUGCACGCAGCCGCGCCGCGUCGCCGCGAUGUCGGUCGCCAAGCGAGUGGCCGAGGAGUUUGGCUGCCGGCUGGGCCAGGAGGUUGGCUAUUCGAUCCGGUUCGAGGACUGCACGUCGCCCGAGACGAUCCUCAAGUACAUGACUGACGGGAUGCUGCUGCGCGAGUGCCUCGUCGACACCAACCUGUCGCGCUACUCGCUCAUCAUGCUGGACGAGGCGCACGAGCGCACGAUUCACACUGACGUCCUCUUCGGCCUGCUCAAGGGCCUGCUCGCCCGCCGCAAGGACCUCAAGCUCAUCUGCACUUCGGCGACCCUCGACGCGGAGAAGUACUCGUCCUACUUCUUCGAGUGCCCGAUCUUCACCAUCCCCGGCCGCACCUUCCCGGUCGAGGUCCUCUACACAAAGGCGCCCGAGGCGGACUACAUGGACGCGGCCCUCAUCACGGUGAUGCAGAUCCACCUGCAGGAGCCGCCCGGCGACGUCCUCCUCUUCCUCACGGGGCAGGAGGAGAUCGACACCGCCUGCCAGAUCCUCUUUGAGCGGAUGAAGUCGCUCGGCCCGCGCAUCUUCGAGGCCGCGCCGCCCGGCUCGCGCAAGGUGGUCAUCGCGACAAACAUCGCCGAGGCAUCCCUCACGAUCGACGGCAUCUUCUACGUCGUCGACCCCGGCUUCGUCAAGCAGAAGGUGUACAACGCAAAGGUCGGCAUGGACUCGCUGGUGGUGGUGCCGAUCUCGCAGGCGUCGGCGCGGCAGCGGCGCGCUGGCCGCACCGGCCCGGGCAAGUGCUACCGCCUGAGGUCGGGCUUUUGCUUCAGAGCGCUGCGAAGCGCGGACCGCGCCGAGGGCGCGACGACGGGCAUGCUCUCCCACGUGUCCGCCGUCUCCGGCACGCCCACGCACAGCGCGGCGAGCAGCAGCGCCAAGAGAACCGGCAGCGAGUGGGAAGGCCCUGCCGCCGCCGCCACGACAAGCGCGACGCCGCUGCAAAUUGCAAGGCGCCGGGGGAGGGCGCGCGGCUCCUCCGGCGCGGAGGCGCCGCCCUCCCACGUGGCGACCAGCUCGCGCCACAGCGAGGCGGGAGACAGCUCCUCCGGCGUCGGCCGAACCGACCAUGCAAGGGCACCGAAGGAGAGGAGCGCGGGCAACCGCAUCGACUCGGGCAGUGCCAGUCGGAGUGCACUGCAGCCUACUGCGGAGUAGCCGAGGCGCGCCGCUGUCGGCGCAGCCUCCCACCGCUGCACCAGCCCCGCACCGGGCAGCCGCUUCCAAUCCGCAUCACUCAGCUGGGACAGCCAAGGCGGCGCGCGAUCGGCGAGCGCGCCAGACAAGAGGUAGACGGCCGUGCCGACCGUGUCGUCUGCCAGAGGGAGGACCGAGAGGUCUUCGGGAGGCAGCCAAUCGCCGUACUUCUUGCGCAACUCCCGCUCGACUCCUUCAACGGAGCCGUGUCGGUGCAGCAGUUUGCGCGUGUCCGGCUGCCGCUUGUCGAUGCCGUGCGCCUCAUAGAAGCGGGACAGGCGGUAACUCAGCGCAGACUCACGCGUCCGCAUCGUGCCAGCGUACGCAGUGUACAGCACGAACCCCACCAGCGCUGAUUUCAGAGCAAGGGUUGGCACUGUCAUUAGCACGAGGCCUUCCUC